AUUUGACGUUGGAGAGGUCACGGUGUUGUCAUCAAACAUGGCGGCCUCCUUGCUAAGCAGGAGGACAGCCUUAUUCCUUGGCGUUAGUAAAUUUAACUCCUUUCUACCGGCUGUAGUCCAGCAAACCGCGAACUAUAACCCCAGACCCCUCUGGCUGAAUAUAAAGAACCCUUAUAUUCCGAAUAAAGAGAGCGAGAAGACGCCCGAGUGGCAGAAGACUGAUAAGUACGAGCGCAAACUGUUCGGCCGUUAUGGAAGCUCGUCUGGAGUGGAGCCGGCCAAACUCUGGCCCUCUCACGCCCGGCUGGAGGAGCUGAUGGCCGAGGAGAAAGAGUGGCACCCUCCGAUCGAGGUGAUGCUGGAAAACAUCGCGGCCAGAGAGAGGGAGAAGGAGCAGAAGCGGAUGGAGAGGUGAAGUGAACCUGACUAGUUUAGUCUCUAUUGGAUGAUCAACAGUGUUCAACAACUAACUGCACAUAUUCAAUAACAAGAAACUGUUCACCCCAGAAUGAAAACUGUCAUCAUUUACUCACCUUCGCGUUGAUUUGUGUCUCUCACAAUGUCCGAGCUUCCGUUUUCCAUACAAGGAAAUUGGAUAGAGACUUUUGCUGUCAAACUACAGGACACCUUAAAAGUAAUAAAUGUCUUUUUUAAACCAGCUUAUGCUGGUAGAUUAAUCCACAUGACUUGUCG